CAUCAUUAAAGAAACCACCAAUCCUGUGCUGCCUUGUUUAGGACAAGCGCAUGGCGUCCGCCUGUACUGCUAACGUCGUCGCUUGUGCCAUGUUCACGCCCCAUUGCGGCGCUUUCUCUUUAGCUAAAGUACAAGUUGCAUUGUGCACUCGCCCUCCAUACCGAUGACGACGUGGCGAAAUCACGCAAAAUGCUUUUGCGGAGAUCUCUCGCUCAAUGUAAUAAGGAGGGCUACGAGUCCCAUGCCACAAACGCCGUUUCGCUUUUCUUGGUGUUUUCCUGUGGGCUUUUGUCAUCAUUGGUGUUGGUGUCCCUCUUCGGAGGCAACUUUCUCCCUACUAAAGAACAGUUAACUGCUCGUCUUGAUCAUUCCUUCGAGUCAGUUCCUCAUUUUGAUGAGGCACUAGUGCAAGUUGUCACAGAGAGUUAUCCAUAUGAAUAUCAAGAACGAAGUAGGAAGACUGGUGAUGAGGUGAUUAACAGAAGUCAAAAUAGAGCACUCCAGACUCCAUUUCAUUUAGGAUUCAACUUAGAAUUGGAUGAUGAACCAAUUGACAGUGAGAAGAAGCAGAGAUUCUCUUCAGUCCCUACAACAGAACUCAUACGGCUGGAAAAACAUAAAAGCAGCAAAGUUUCAACAGAGAACAAGGCUGAAGCACAGGCAUCUCUCCAUGCAGCCUUGGACAUGUGGGAACGACGGAAACUGGAAAAGGCCAUGAAGCUUUUCCAGCAUGCAAUGCUUCUUGAUCCAAAAGAACCCGACAUCCUCACUCGUUAUGGUGAAUUCUUGGAAGAGUAUGAGUAUGACAUUAUAGGAGCUGAUCACCUAUAUGCCAAAGCCCUUCACUCAAGUCCUUCUCAUAGCAAGGCUUUGCAAAAUAGGGAACGGACAUUACCACUAGUGGAUGAAUUGGACAAGUCCCGCCUCCUCAAAUUAGAUAGACUUCGUGAUGAGUUGAUGAGAAUAUCUGAUGCCAACCAUGCUCUGAGACGAAUCAAGAAAGAAGCAUACUUCCAUUACAUCUAUCAUACUGCUGGCAUUGAGGGAAACACAAUGACCCUAGCACAAACACGGAGUAUUCUGGAAACUAGAAUGGCUGUGCCUGGGAAGAGUAUCCUUGAACAUAAUGAGAUUCUGGGCUUGGAUGCUGCCUUGAAAUUUAUAAACCAAACUCUUCUUCACCGAAUUGGACAGGUGACCCUACAUGACAUCCUUCAGAUCCACCAGAAAGUGAUGGGCUAUGCAGACCCUGACCAGUGUGGACAGAUUAGAACAACACAGGUUUAUGUGGGCUCUCACAUUCCUCCUGCAGCAUAUGAAGUGCGAGAGAUGCUACAGGACAUGGUGGACUGGUUGAAUUCUGAGGAUGCCUUGAGGCUGCAUCCAGUGGAGUAUGCAUCUCUUGCACACUACAAGUUGGUCUACAUUCAUCCCUUCUAUGAUGGGAAUGGCCGUACAGCAAGACUGCUCAUGAAUUGGUUUCUGAUGCAGUCAGGCUAUCCACCUGUGAUGAUUCGGAAGCAGGAGCGCAUGCGUUACUAUGAGACGUUGGAAAAUGCAAACGAGGGAGAUGUGCGCCCAUUCAUUCGCUUCAUUGCUGAAUGUACAGAACAGACAUUGAAUGUUUACCUAUGGGCAACUCGAGAAGCAUCAGGGGAAAUCCUUGGGUCAGCCUUGGAAAAAGACAAUGGACGGACCAUUAUAAUGGGAGGAUAGAAAAUGCUUAAUAAUCCUGUGAUACAAUAGGACAGAAAUAUUUAUUUUCUUGAAUGUGUCAGUGUGUUUCAGGGCAGGUGAUGGAGAAAUUAGAACAACUGCAGGGUAGUUGUGAAAGAUGGAGUCUUUUAAAAGUCUUCUUUCAGAAGAAGAUCCACAAUCCCAGU